UUUUAGGCGCGACCGAACACACCAAGGAUUCACGUGAAGCGACGCACACUUCGCUUCUCUUCUAUUACUCUCCCUCCCUCCCGACUCGGAGGCCACAGCGCUCCUCCGGAACGGUGGUGCCAUGAAGGAGACGCCGUUAUCUAACUGCGAGAGGCGUUUCCUGCUCAGAGCCAUAGAGGAAAAGAAGCGCCUUGAUGGUAGACAGACCUAUGACUACAGAAACAUCAAAAUUUCAUUUGGAACAGAUUAUGGCUGUUGUAUUGUGGAACUCGGGAAAACAAGAGUUCUUGGGCAAGUUUCCUGUGAACUUGUUUCUCCAAAGCUCAAUCGGGCAACAGAGGGUAUUCUUUUCUUUAACCUUGAACUCUCUCAGAUGGCCGCUCCAGCUUUUGAACCUGGCAGGCAGUCAGAUCUCUUGGUGAAGUUGAAUCGACUUUUGGAAAGAUGUCUAAGAAAUUCAAAGUGUAUAGACACUGAAUCUCUCUGUGUUGUUGCUGGAGAAAAGGUCUGGCAAAUCCGUGUGGAUCUUCAUUUGUUAAAUCAUGAUGGAAAUAUUAUUGAUGCUGCCAGCAUUGCAGCAAUUGUGGCAUUGUGUCACUUCAGGAGACCUGAUGUGUCUGUCCAAGGUGAUGAGAUUACCCUGUACGCAUUGGAAGAACGAGAUCCUGUACCUUUGAGUAUCCACCACAUGCCCAUCUGCAUCAGUUUUGCCUUCUUCCAGCAAGGAACUUACUUAUUGGUAGACCCCAAUGAACGAGAGGAACGUGUCAUGGAUGGCCUUCUUGUGAUCGCCAUGAACAAACACCGUGAGAUUUGUACCAUCCAGUCCAGUGGUGGGAUCAUGUUGCUCCAAGACCAGGUUCUGAGAUGCAGCAAAAUUGCUGGUGUGAAGGUGGCAGAGAUCACAGAACUCAUACAGAAAGCCUUGGAGAAUGACAAGAGAGUGAGGAAAGAAGGUGGAAAAUUUGGCUUUGCAGAAUCGAUAGCAAACCAAAGGAUCACAGCUUUCAAAAUGGAAAAGGCCCCUGUUGAUACAUCAGAUGUGGAAGAGAAAGCAGAAGAAAUUAUAGCUGAAGCUGACCCUCCUUCAGAGGCUGUUUCUAAACCAGUGUUAUGGACUCCUGGCACUGCCCAGAUUGGAGAAGGGAUAGAGAGUUCCUGGGGCGAUUUAGAAGAAGAGGAGGAUGAGGAUGAAGGUGGCAGUGAUGAUGUCACCAUUCUUGACAGUGUCAAAAUGGAAACAGAAGACCAGAAUGUUGGGAACCACAUCACUGAUGAUACACCUAUCGUUCUGUCAGAUAGUGAAGAAGAUGAAAUUAUCAUUUUAGAACCAGGAGAAAAUCCAAAGAAAACAAGGAUACAGUCUAACAACUCCAAACAGGAAAAAGCCUCAAAUAAAAAAGCAAUUAGAAAGAAAAAGAAGAAGAAGGCUGCUAACUAAAGCUUCCAAAAUACAUUACUGGAAAGUACAUUUAGGACUUGUUGCGUAUUUUUACAUGUAUUUUUCUUGAUUUAAAAUAAAGUAUCUAGAAAACA